AAUGAUUCAAUCUGUGAUUGCAAAGAAGGGCGAAUUCGGGUUUUUUCACUUUUCUUUAUUUCUGUUACAACAAGAAGAUUGAAAGAGGUCUGUGUUUGGCGAGCAACUUCAGACACCAAUAACCCAUAAAUGCAAAGACAAACAGAUAUUUGAGGAAGAGAACAUUAAAAGAAGCCUGCGUUUGGGGAACGACUUUAGACGCAAGCCAUCUAUAUAAAUCCAACAAAAAUAAGAUUUAAAAAAAGAGACGCAAUAGAUUUAUACACAAGCUCUACGAGUUCAAAUCAUCAAAACGCCAUGUCUCUAGAUAACUUACUGCUCCCCUCAUUUCAAUUUUUUAUGGACAUAGCCCGAGAUGCUGCAGCAGAAAGGCUAGAAAAGGGUGACGUUGGUAAUGAAGGAUUUCGGAAAUUUAUCAAGCGCGAUUUACACGACAUCAAAACAAAGCUAGAUAAUCUUUCGAAAAUAGACCUUUACUCCAGUUUGGACUACUUGGAAGACGGAUUUGAUAUAUGCAUUGAGAAACUAAAAAGUGAUUUAAAAUGUGAAGAAGCAAGUAAUAGUGUUGAGUCUCAGGCAACUUCUAGUGCCAUCGCCACCAGGUAUGAUCAUGAUUCCCGUGCAAAGGUUUUUUUAUUAGCAAAGGAUCGAUUUAAAAAAUCUCGUGAAGAAGCAACAAGAGCUUUCAACAACAAAAAUUUAAGCUUGGAGGACAAAAUAUUUGCCGUUUUUGUUAAGAUCAUAGCACAAAUUUUUGAAUGUCCGGAGCACCAGGAGAUUGUCUUUGGUUUAUGUGUAUCUUAUAUAAAAAAGCUACAUCAGUUGAAGGGUGUUCAAGAAAUGUUCUCUCUCACUAUCGGUGGUGGCUGUUGGGCGAUGUUCAAUCAGUCCCGAAGAAUGGAAAACAUAAAGUCUGUCAUUCUUCUCAACCAUUAUUUAUAUCAUCUCAUUGCGAAGAUCAACAACAAUCAUGAUCAUUUAUCAACUUGGCCAAGUAUUGAACUUGAAGACGGAAAAAUGUUUAAUCCAAUACAGGACUGGCGCAAGAAAUUCGCUGUCGAGUCUUGGUAUAAAAAUUUGAUUGAAUCCCAAGAAAUGGAAAAAAUAAAAACCAUGAUGAUUGAACUUUUGGACAAGACAACUAUAAAUGAACAUUUUACUCCAAUAUUGACAUCACCAGUUGAGUUAGUUAUGGAUGUAUUAAGAAAUGGUAUUUUUGUUGCUGGAGGCAACAGAAAAAGUGUUGAAAUUUUUUCAUGGAAGGAGAAGAAAUGGUUUAAAAUUGCAUCGAUGGAAGAUUAUCACUUGAGUACUUCAUCAUUUAUUUAUAAUGAUAAUUUAUUCAUUGUUGGAGGUUAUGGCUGCAAGUCGUUGCAGACAUUGAAUAUAAAACAGUUACCUUUGACAUGGAGAAAAUUUCCUACAGAGUUUCCUUAUGAAUGUCGGGAUCAUCAAACUGUUGUUUAUAAACAACAAAUCAUUCUCAUUGGAGGAGACAUUGCUGGCAAAGGACGAUCAGAUUUGAUCAGUGAAAUAAAGAUAACAGGUACAACAUCUUAUGUUUUGAAAGAGUUGUGUCAUAUGCCUGAACUACGUUGUGGCCAUGGAGCUGUUGUUGUUGAUGAUAAAGUUGUUAUUUUUGGAGGACAGCAAUAUGAUGGCAAAGAUUUGUCCAGUGUCUUGGAGUUUGAUCCAAGGACUCUUACAUUUAAGGAAAUGCUUCCAUUACCUCAUCCAUUGACUGGAAUGGCAACAGUUCAAUGGAGAGAUGAAGUUAUUCUUCUUGGAGGUUCUGAUGGAAAAGAAAUUUUGAACAGUGUUAUCAUGUAUGACAGCAAUACAGGUGAGAUAACAGUCUUACCAUCCAUGUUUGAAAAGAGAUCUUGGUGUUGCGCAGUUAUAGCUGGUGAUACAAUUGUUGUCAUGGGAGGUAAGAAUGUUAAAUAUGAAGAUCUUGAAUCAGUGGAGUAUUUCGAAAUGGGAAGUAGUUCUCUAUGGACAUGUCUUCCUUCAAUGAAUAAAUCACGAUGGAGAGCCAUUGCUGAAGUUUUACCUUUUGGACAAAAGUAUGUCUAAGACACAAAAUUUCAUUAAGUUAUGAAACGUUAUAACUCAUCAAUGUUCGUUUGGACUACAUUGGAUGACAAAUGUGUAAAAUUUACAAUGUAUAGUUCAAAAGUUUAUAUAAUCAUUGACUAUUUUGAUAAAUUUCUGAAAUAGGUGAAUGUCUUUUGUAUCUAAAUAAGUCUGAGUUUUUAGAGAAUAGUUUAUAACUUUUUCUUGUCCUUGUUUAAUUGCAGUUUAUUGACCAAUAAAAUACAAGUUUUUCAUGCUAAAAA